GCUGCCUCCAGGAGCUCCUCACACGCUGGGUUGGGGUUAGAAACGGGCCGCCGCGUCAUCAAAGUCUGCCUGGAGGGAGGUCUGCAACUGUGUUCCUGCCUCCUUCUCCCCCAUGCCCCCCAAGCCGGGAGCUGAAGUGUGUCAAGUGCAAGGAGGGCCAGCCCGUUGUGGUGAUCCGAGCAGGAGAUGCCUUCUGCAGGGACUGCUUCAGGGCGUUUUACGUCCACAAGUUCAGAGCCGUGCUGGGGAAGAAUCGGCUGAUCUUUCCAGGAGAGAAGGUGCUCCUGGCAUGGUCUGGGGGGCCUUCAUCCAGCUCCAUGGUCUGGCAGGUCCUUGAGGGCCUGAGUCGAGAUUCUGCCAAAAGACUGCGUUUUGUGCCGGGGGUGGUCUACGUGGACGAGGGGGCGGCUUGCGGGCGGAGCCCCGCCGACAGAGCGCACACCGUGGCGGAGAUGAGGCUGCUCCUGCAGGCCGUGGGCUUCCCGUGGCACGUUGUCACCUUGGAGGAGGUGUUCAGUCUGCCUCCGUCGGUGCUACGCUGCUUUCCCCAGGAGCCGGUGGGCGCCGUGGGGACCUACAAGGUGGCUGUGGACAGUUACCUCCAGCAGCAGCAUGCACUGGGGCCCGAGAGGGCGGGGGGCAGCCCCAUCCCCGCCCAGGAGGGAGAGCGGGCAGGCCAGCCCUGCUCCCAUGACCCUCGGGGCCUGGCAGGGCCACAGCCAGCUGCCCAGACCGAGGCUCUGUCCCAACUGUUUGGCUCCGUAAAGACGCUGACGGCCAAAGAAGAGCUGCUGCACACCCUGCGGACCCACCUGAUCCUGCACGUGGCCCGGACCCACGGCUACUCCAAGGUGAUGACAGGUGACAGCUGUACCCGCUUGGCCAUCAAGCUCAUGACCAGCCUGGCCCUCGGGAGAGGGGCCUUUCUCGCCUGGGACACGGGCUUCUCAGAUGAGCGGCACGGUGACGUGGUGGUGGUGCGGCCCAUGCGCGACCACACGCUGAAGGAAGUCGCUUUCUACAACCGCCUGUUUGCCGUCCCCUCCGUCCUCGCCCCAGCCAUGGACACCAGGGCCCCCGAAAAGGCCAGCAUCCACCGGCUCAUGGAGGGCUUCCUGCUGCGGCUGCAGGUCCAGUUCCCGUCCACGGUCAGCACCGUGUACAGGACGAGCGAGAAGCUGGUGAAGGCCCCCCGUGAUGGCCGUGCCACCGGCCCCCGCUGCCUGCUCUGCCUCUGUGCGCUGGACAUCGACGCUUCAGAUAGUGCCACGGCUUUCGGGGCGCAGACCUUGGACUUCUCCCAGACACAGCCCCCCACCCCUCGGGCUGAGGCUGGGUCUCCCACAGAGGUGGGCAGUGCCCAGGACUGCUGCCAGGGGGCUGGGCCCUGCAGGAGGGACGACCCCCGAGCCCGGGUCAUGGAGCAGCUGUGCUACAGCUGCCGCGCGAACAUGAAGGACGUGCCCUCCUUUGACCUCCUGCCACCUUACAUCUUGGCCGAGGCCCAGCUCCGCAGCCAAAGGGCCUCACAAGACAUCCAGGAGUGUCUGGUCGAGGACAGCGCUGAGGACUCGCUCACCGCUGAGACCUGAGCUCGGGACCGCCUGGAGCAGGACGGGAGGAUGGGCCGGCGGCAUGGGGUCAUAUAAAUAAAAAUACUUUUAAUUAGAAAA